GUUCGCCGCUUCGAUGCAGGACGUAUCCUUCCGGUAUUCUUGUGCUACGAUACUGUCGCUACCACUUCCGCAAUGAGUCCUCAUAAGAUUCCUGCUCUCCCUUCGCCCGCCGCACUCCCCUAUUACGGCAUCUCAAAGAACGGCUUCUUGCCUGCCGAGUCACCAUUGACUCGCUUACCGCAUACCUACUAUCAACCAUGGGAAAAGAUCAUUGAGCAAAUCCCAAUACUCGUCGAGACACAACAAAUACGGCAAUGGGUUGACGAGUUGCCAGUCCUAGACACAUCACAUCUUUCUAGUGAGGCGGAAUGGCAGAGAGCUCAUUCAAUGCUGGCCGUCAUAGCUCAAGGUUACAUAUGGGCUGGUCCUGAGCCAUCAGAGCGACUACCUCCGGCCAUCAGUGUACCAUUCCUGCGGACUGCUGAGUACCUUGAGGUGCAUCCGGUGGCCACAUACGCAGCUCUAAAUUUAUGGAAUUGGACACCAUUGAGCGAGAACGCCGACUUGACACAACCGGAAAACAUGGUGGCGUUGCACACAGUGAGUGGUAGUGAUGAUGAAUCGUGGUUCUUCAUCAUAUCAAACGCCAUGGAAGCAAGAGCUGGCCCACUCAUCGAGGCCAUGCUGGGUGCAGUCGAAGCAGUAGAGACCAAUGAUGUCACAACAAUCAUACACGCGCUGCAAUAUUUCCGACAGGGAAUGCAAAGCAUCGGCCAGCUGCUGGAACGUAUGGAUGAGCGAUGUGACCCACAAAUGUUUUAUCACACCAUUCGACCCUUCUUGGCUGGCAGCAUGAACAUGGCCACUGCAGGUCUGCCCAACGGUGUCUUCUAUGACGAGGGUAAUGGAAACGGCACGUGGCGCGCAUAUCGGGGCGGAUCCAACGGUCAGUCGUCAUUGCUACAGUUUUUCGACGCGGUUCUUUCAGUCGACCAUUCCCGGAGCGGCGGCUUUCACGCGGAAAUGCGUGGCUACAUGCCCGGACCCCACGCCCGCUUCCUUGACGACGUCGCAGCGAUCGCAAACAUCCGAAGCUAUGUUAACAGUCAUGGAGAUAACGUUGAGCUCCUGACAGCAUUCAACGAAGCAGUCGCAGCACUCAGCGGAUUCCGCGACAAGCACAUCGCUCUGGUGACCAGGUACAUCAUCAUACCGAGUCGGAUGGGAAAGCCAACGACCGGCCCCAAAAGAAGAGAUCUCGCUUCCGCCUCGACUGAACUAGCUACCGGGAAGCCAAAAACGCAAGAAUUGGUAGGGACAGGAGGUACUAAGUUGAUACCAUUCCUACGAACUUCGAGAGACGAGACGAGCGAAACGAAAGUCGUGCAUUGAAAGGUGUUGGAAAAGACCGUUUAAAAAGAUACCCGUGAUGCUAAGGCAUCCCUUCAGAGCCUAUGGGAAGAAGUCGCUACCUGUCUGUUGAUCGUGUAUGGGAAACAGGGGUAUGUCGGCAACAGAUACGCCAUCGAGAUUGUGAGUGCCUGGUUGGAGGAAGUCUUGGAGGCCUUGGUCAUUCUCGCUCGGCCAUGGCAUGGCAAAGAAGUCGGCAUCGUAUAUAGUCCAAUCGAGUGGCGCUGCGGAGGACACAUGGCGCUGAAUAGAAUCUCGAGAAACCAAAGAACCAGGGCCAAGCUGUGCCUCGCAUUCCUCUGUCUGAGGCUGAAGACCAGUAGGCUCAGAAGGCAACAAACCAAACAAUUCAGAUGAAG